UGUCACAAUCUCACAUUUCACAUUUGCCUCUCAUAGAUUCCAAGAAGUAAACAAAUUAUGGGAAAUGUGUUUGUCGUGCUAACACCUUUGAUUCAUGGAAUCGUAAUGCUAGCUGGAUUAACACCGCAGACCAUAGAAAUAGAGCCAGGGACCUUAAUGAAUAUAUGGGUUCCAAAAGAAAUCGUAACCAAAUAUGAUGGGAAAAUCGUCUACGUACCACCCACCAAACCGACCGUAUUACUCCUCCACUCUUUCGCCAUGGAUGGUAUUUUCACAUGGUUCUUACAAGUUUUGGCAUUGACACGUGAAUACUCCGUCUAUGUGCCUGACUUCUUGUUCUUUGGUGGCUCAAUCACCGAUAGAAACGAGAGGUCUGCAAGUUUUCAAGCUGAGUUUGUGGCUAAAGGGUUGAAGAAACUAAGAGUGGAGAACGUGACACUAGUUGGGUUAAGUUAUGGAGGGAUGAUUGGAUUCAAGAUAGCUCAGUUGUACCCAAAUCUGGUCAAGUCUAUGGUUAUGUCUGCCACUGUUACAGAGUUAACCGAAUCCAUUAGCCUUGACUCGUAUAAGAGACUUGGUUUGUCAAGUUGGUCGGACCUUUUGAUGCCCUCAACCGUAGAGGGGUUGAAGAGGAUGUUUUCUGUUGGGUUUCAUAAACUCCCAUGGCUUCCCGAUUUCUUUUAUCGGAACAUUCUUGAGACAAUGUUUAGCAAUCGAAAAGAACGAAACGAACUCUUAGAUUGCUUGGUUGUUCCCGACACCGAUGUAACAUCGGAUCCCGACUACUCGCACCCGAUACAUAUGUUGUGGGGUGAUGAGGACAAUAUUUUUGAUCUCAACCUUGCUAACACGAUGAAAAUACGCUUGGGUGAAAAAACAACUUUGGAGUGGAUAAAGGAUGCAGGGCACCUAGUACCGUUGGAGAAACCAUUCAUAUAUAACAAACGCCUUAAAAGUAUUAUUGAAUGUGUCAGAAAAGAUAAAUGAACUGAUGAAUAUGUAGACCAUGUAUUUGUUUAAGUGUGUUUUUUGACCUCUUGUAAUUUCAUAACUACGUAUAUUGUUUUUUUUUUCCAUAAUUUUCAUAAUGAUUCAAAAUUAUUAAAUAAAAUAAAACCGAUUUCAUUAU